CUGGGCUCACACACACAUUCACAGAGACUCACGCAGGUCUCACCACACCACCGACGGAUCCGCGUCAGGGGCUCAGCCGAGGAGAGCAUUGAAGUGAAUACAAGCUUCUUCUGUGUGGGGAAACGAGAGGAAAACGCAGAAAAAACGAAACAGAGGAAAUCCCCCGAAAGGAAAUGCCAAUCGCAACCGCUGGACAGCCAACGACCCAGGAGCCUAGAGUUUGCCCCCGGCUGCCCUCCACCCCGGAGCCUGUCCCUAAAGGGGCUGAUUUAUUUGACGAGGCGGGGGCGGCGGAGUCGGCGGAGCGAACAGAGUACGGGGGCGCGGAGGGGGGCAGAGGACUCGGGGGCUAUAGUUACAGCCAGAGCGGCGCUAGGGGCUUUGUACAGCCCGGAUCCACCAACGGCUCUCCGCCGCAGUCUCCAACCCCGUCUUCCUCUUUCCUCAUACACCACCUUCACUCCCACCAAAUGGCAAUGGAGCCCCCAAGGACUCGAUCGCGUUCUCGCUCUGGAUAUUACCAGCAGUACGGAGGUGCGAGUGGCACAGGUUUUACCAGCAGCGCAGUCAUGGGAUCUAACCAUCAUCACCAGCAGCAACUACAUCCACAGCAGCAGCAACAGCACGGUGCCGCUUGCGCACUAUUGGGAGCUCACAACAUCCACUCCGACAACCAGCAGCGAGUGCCAGGAAGUAACGCUUCUCCCGGCUUUCAGAGGCUUUCUUCCGUUCCCGGAGCGCACCGCAUCCCGGUAGCAGGUGCCUCUGGAGGAUCUUACCACUGUCACCCUGACCAUGCAUAUGGAGAUGAAAGUGAUAAGAGUGAGGAAAGCCCCAGUCCAAAGCGCCAGAGGCUGUCCAGUCAGUCUGUUUUGGAACAGCUUACCUCAUCCGCCCCCCCACCAUCCACCCCAUCUCCCCCCAUCCGUCCCUGGGAGUCAGGGCCCCCAAGUCGGAGACAACCUCACCCUCACCCACACUACCACCAGGAAAGAUGCCUCACUCCUGCCCGGCACAGACGCAGCCCACCAGCAAGACGUCAGCGCGGUCGUCUGUCCAGACCCUCACGUCAUUUGCCAACCCACCUCCACCCCUCCACCCAAGGCCCUGCACCACGCCUGUCACCGUCAGAGCUCCAGGAUGAAAACUACCACCACAACCCCCAUCCCUCUACACACCACAUGUAUCCAACGCACACACCCAGCACCUACGGUCAGCCCCCAACAGCUGGUAGUGUUGGUGGGGCAGGGUCGGAGGAGCCCCGUGCUUUCCACCCCCCAACCCUGUCUCCACGGCUACUGCAUCCAGCUGCUCAUCACCACCAUCACCUCCAUCAUCAGCAACAGCACCAUGCAGUGCAGCAACAGCAAGGAGCCAUGGUUAUGGACUUGCAUGAACAGUUGCAGCAGGGAAGUGUACCAGUCUCCUACACAGUGACACCAGUCCCUCCUCACGGUCUCACACCUUUGUGUAGCGGUCAGCACCUUCCCCCUACCUGUUCCUCUCAACAACAAGUCCCCGCCUGCAGUGUGGUCUUCAGCACUGGACAACACUACCACCCGAUGCUGCAGGCUUGUUCAAUGCAACAUUUGCCGGUGCCCUAUGCCUUCCCGUCACUGCUGUCCAGUGACCCUCAGUUCCUGCUUCCUCCUCCACCUCAUCUUUCUCACCACGCACCUCAUCUCCCUACACCUGGACAGUUCCUGCCUUUCCAGACACAACAGCCUCGAUCUCCAUUACAGACGAUCGAAAAUGAGGUUGAGCUUCUGGGAGAGCAGCUUUCAGUGGGUGGAGGCUUCAGCUAUGCCCACCACCAUCAUCACCAUCACCACCAGCCUCCCACCAACCUGCCGCCCUCCACCCCACUCCAGUUCCUCUCGCACCAUGAUCCACUGUCGCAGGAGCUUUUCACAGUGCCCUACCCCCACUUUAUGCCCCGCCGAUUCACAAGCAGGCGUUACCGCUCUCAGCAGGCAGUUCCUCCGUCACCCUACCAUCCCAGCUUCCUGCCUUACUUCCUGUCAAUGCUUCCUGUGCCCCCAAAUGUGGCUCCCACUAUCAGUCUAGAGCUGGAUGUGGAUGAUGGAGAGGUGGAGAACUAUGAGGCCCUGUUGAAUCUCGCUGAACGUCUCGGAGAAGCCAAGCCCCGUGGUCUAACUAAGGCCGAUAUAGAACAGCUUCCAUCAUACAGGUUCAACCCCAACAACCAUCAGUCUGAGCAAACACUGUGUGUGGUAUGCAUGUGUGACUUUGAGUCUCGUCAGCUCCUAAGAGUCCUGCCCUGUAACCACGAGUUCCAUGCCAAAUGUGUUGACAAGUGGCUUAAGGCUAACCGGACCUGUCCAAUCUGUCGAGCCGAUGCCUCUGAGGUCCAGCGGGACUCUGAGUGACCUCUGACUUGUAUCAGUAUCAGCACCAAACACUCACAAUCUCUCUUCGACUCCGGUUUGGAUGCACAAACCAAAUCAGUGAACUUCUGUCCUUUUUUAUAAUCCAGUAUUUGACUCACAUAUUCUGCCACAUAAACUGGGACCAGUACUCCUUCACUCUUCGACUUCUAAACAGAAACUGUCACAUGGGAUCGGUGUUUAGUGGUGUGGUGACUUUCCACUGACUCAUGCUAACUUAAUUGCUGGACUUCCUCGGCCUUCUGUUUUGGACUACUACUCUGCCUUCUGCUCAUGGUUCCUCCUUGGCCUUUGCAACACACCGUGUCGUGCAGGUGGACAUAUACAGUACGGUGUAUGUGUUUGUAUGUUUUAAACUCAUUAUGUGAAGCCUUCAGUCUUUUACAAAGGGACGGGCGAAACAGGACUGUUUUGAAAAACGUCUAUCUAGAAACCCUAAGGGAGAAUUGGCAGUCCAAAGAUGAUUUUGAUUUCAUUGUGGUUAUAAUUAAACAUUCACAUCUUGGUUUUGCAGAGUCAUCUUAACUAGACUCAUUAUAAUUAUAGUUGAUGAACCGAAUCAGUCUGUUUUUUAAAUGUGUGUUUUCUUGCAUUCCUUAUGAGAGCUGUGUGUGUGUGUGUGUGUGUGUUGGCUGAAAAAGAUAGUGUACACCGCAUACAGUGAAAAUAUACUUUAUUUUCUUUAGAUAUGUGGUUUGUGUGUGUGUGUGUGUGUGGUAUUUAUACAGUUCAUGUGGGUACAGUGCGUUGACUGAAUCCCAACUCCCAUGUUUCCAUUUAACUUCAGAUUGAUUUAAUGUCAGACCUUUUGUAGCCAAGGUUUUGCUCAAAAGGUCAACGUUAAGAACAAAGGGAAGUCACCUGACAAGUCAAAGAUGCUGCACCCUGUCUCACACUCUGAACUGGCUGUGCUCAGAUUACCAGACUGAAGCGACUCGUUUCCAGUUCUAUUCCUCAUUGAUGUGACUUGGACCGGGGGCACCGAUGUCUGUGCACACAUAAGGAAUUGAACAAUGAAGUGGCUGGUAAUCUGAAGGUAGCUUCUACCACCAUGGCUCCACCACUCCAUGCCUGCAUAUCCACAUUGUUUCUAUGUGAAAUGUGUAAAGGCUGAGAGAAGAUUUUCUUUUUAUUUCCUGAGUUUUCCUUCGUCUCCACAUACCCACUAAGCUCUCCUCCAAGGCCCAUUGUGUGAAUACAGUUGGUUAUUACAGAGCCGACAUGGCGGAUUAAUUCAUGCUCAGUUUAGCAGCAUCCUUUCAGGAAUAAGGCCUUUGAAGAAAAAAUAUUUGUACCUAUCUUAGUUGCACCAAUGCAGCAUUCUUUAAAUAGAUCCAGAGGAUGCUUUCUUCAUCACUGAUCGAGAACAUGUUUUAAAAAAGGCUUGUAAGGUCACAGCCAAGUCUACUACAGUGUAUCUCACCAGACGGAAAAUCUGAUACUUCAGCACUUUAAUACGUUGAUUAUAGACCUAUACACUCUCUCUUUACUCAACCAUUCUCUCUGUUCUCACUGCACAUCCGUACUUCGUCAGUGAGACUAUAUCUGUGUUAGGCCUACACCAUCGCGUCAUAACGCAACCAUGAUGUUCACCUCGCGCACUGAACGGACUUUUCUCUUGUAACUUAUCACUGUUUGUCACAAGCGGUAUUUUGUGUCAUGAUGACAACCUGAUGUAGGUCUAAUAUGGAGAUUUUGUUGAUGAAAGUUGCAGUCUUGCAGCUGAGAUGCCUUCUGCAGAACAUUGUUCUUUGUAUCCAGUUUUUUUUUCUCUUAAAUUCAAACCAGAAUCAGUGUCCAGGGAAAUUGAUCAUCUUUUACGGCUCCUCUCCAGUGUUGUUAGUGUAUCAAAUCAUGUAAUAUCCACGGUAAUGGAGGGAAAUAAUACUUUCUGUAAUUUCUUUGUGGUAAGAGGUCCUUUUUGUGACCAUACACAGUUUGUUUCUUAGGCUUAUUUUUGUGUUGGACAGUUUUCUCUUGCUUGGUAUACUAGCAAAUUACCUCAGUCCCACUAUUUAUGUCUUUUCACAAAAUGGUGCAAGUACCAGUAUGUUUAGUGCUUAUUGAUUCAUUUUGCUAAUGUUUUCCAUGCAAGUUUUUGGGUUGUGUGAAUAUUUUUUUUUCUCCUCCAAACUAUGAAAUGCUAUCAUUUAAAAAAAAAUAAAAAAAAUAAAGGUGUAGUUUCAUCAUGUAUUAUAUCUGUAACCAAAAUCAUUUGAAGGCCUGUUAUGAUAAUGAAAUUUUUAACAAACAUUUGUACAUUUUGUAUGAGAGUUAUUACUAGUAAUACUUUAUUAAGUAGUGCAAUGAUUUUUUUUUUUAAUCCCUUACCCCAUCUUUUGGAUUUCAGAAGUUGGAUCAAUAAUAAAUGUAUAACAUUCUCUUCUAAAA